AUGGCUGCUCGUGCCUCGGCCCUCCUGCUUCUUGGUGCCUCCGCCAUCAUGGCUGGACCCAUCGCCGUCCGUGACACCACUGUCGCUACCACAGCCAACGUGCAAGCUGUUGUUGGUACAACCACAUGGAACGUGGGUGCCGUUGACAGCUUCCCCAUCCACGGCUCUUGCAAUGUCACUCAGCGCGUCAUGCUGGAGAGGGGUUUCAACGAGGCAAUCGCUCUAGCUCGCCAUGCCCGCGAUCACAUCCUCCGCUGGGGCCACGACUCUGAGAUCUACACCAAGUACUUUGGUAAAGCUCCCACCGGUGAGCCAAUUGGCUGGUACACCAAGAUCGCCGACGGUGACAAGGCCGGUAUCCUCUUCCGAUGUGAUGACAUCGAUGGCAACUGCAGCCAAGAUGGCUGGGCUGGUCACUGGCGUGGAUCCAACGCCACAUCGGAGACUGUGAUCUGUGAUCUCUCCUACCAGAUCCGCAAACCCCUUGAGGCCAUGUGCAUGCUCGGCUACAACGUGGCCAACGGUGCCACCAACUACUUCUGGGGAUCUGACCUUAUCCACCGUCUCCUCCACGUUCCUGCCGUUGGUGAGGGUGCUGUGGAGCAUUACGCUGAGAGCAAAGAUGGGAAGUACCCCGCCGUCCUGAGCCUGGCCAAGAACAACGCUACCUUUGCCGCAAGGGACAGCGAUGCGAUCCAGUACUUUGCUCUUGAGGCAUAUGCUUAUGAUAUUGCUGUUCCUGGCGUCGGCUGCCCUGGUCGUUACACUCCACCCAAGGCGUCCCCCACUGGCACUGCUACCCCUUCUCCUACCGUUAGCCCCUCCGCUACACCGGCUUCUGCAUCUGCUGCUGCUGCCGCCGCCACCAGCUCUGCCGCCGCACCUGCCGAGGCUUGCCAGCCCCACGGAGACCACUGGUAA